CGCGAUUCGGAGGUGGAAUUUCCAGCUCCCGGCAGCUCUCCGAAAUUUUUGGGAAGACGUCAACGCCAACGCCAGAAAAGACUGCGGUCUAUAGAUUAUCAGUCUCGAGCUUUGAAACAUCCGGUUGAGCUGCAUUGUUUUGUUGUGUAACUUUCUCAAAUCAGUCAACUACACUUCUUUGAAUUACUUCAAGAUGUUUGCCCUUUCCGAGGAGUCCAAGGAGCGCAUUGCCAAGCUCAUUGACGUUUCGCGCGUUGCCAUCCACUAUGGUUAUCUUCCUCUGAUCCUCUAUCUUGGCUACACCCGAAGCGAGCCCCGACCUUCAGUCAUCCGCCUUCUCUCUCCCCUCUCCUAAGCAGGGAGCAGUUCUACAGCUAUACAAAACAUAACAGUGUACAUUAUCUUGUGGAGAUGUUUUUCAAGGGAGAAAGGGACAACUACCACCAGCAUUCAUGGCGUUGGGACACGGCGUGGUAAAAUUUGACGACGACCGCAGAUAUGCUUGGGAGGAGGGGUUGACUGUACGAAUGAGUGUGAAAAAUCACCAUGUAUCAUCUUGCAACGCUAUGACGCCCAGAAUAAGGGAAUACCACUCAUAAUUAAGCCUUGUCACAUAA